GUUGUUUAUAUCUCAGUGGAAACAAGCAGGGACUUAUCUUGCCGUGAUACUUCGGCUUUGAAAGGCUGUGCCGAGUAACGUCGUGUAUUUGCCUUCAUCUACCUAAGUGGGAUGACAAGCUUACAGUAACGUUAGAUGUAAAGAAUUGGCACAUAAUUUUUGAAAUUGUGACAGCUCUCAGGUGUGCUUUGGUGUCAUCUAUAAUGGAAAAUUCUAGUGAAGACUACAGGAUCCAGUCAUUUGAUGUGGACACACAGAAAUUGCUGAAAACAGCCUUGAAAGACCCAAGUUCAGUGGACCUGGAGACAGUGUCCAAUAUCAUCAUCGAUCAGUCUUUGAAAGACCAGGUGUUCAGCAAAGAGGCUGGACGCAUCUGCUACACCAUUGUGCAGGCAGAGGCCAAGCAGAGAAAUGGAAACGUGUUCAGAAGGAACUUGUUGAACCGGCUCCAGCAGGAGUUCAAGAACCGCGAGGAGACGAGGGAGCGCUCGCUGCAGGAAUGGGUGUGCUACGUCACGUUCAUCUGCAACAUCUUCGACUACCUCAAGGUGAACAACAUGCCGAUGGUGGCCCUGGUCCAUCCUGUGUUCGACUGUCUGAUGAGGCUGGCCCAACCAGAUGCUCUUUUGAAUGAAGAGGAGGUGGACUGCCUGGUGCUGCAGCUGCAUCGCAUUGGAGAGCAGCUGGAGAAGGUGAACAGCCAGCGGAUGGACGAGCUGUUCUUCCUGCUGCGGGAUGGCUUCCUGCUCCAGGAGGGCCUCACCUCCAUGGCCCGUCUGCUGCUGCUGGAGAUCCUGGAGUUCAGGGCUGGAGGCUGGUUGCUUAGCAGCACCGCCCACAAGUACUACUACAGUGAAAUUUCUGACUAGGAUUGUUGUAAGGACAAAGGUGCUGAGCAGCUGUUCUGCGGGUGCGUUAGCCAACCUUCAAGCACCUUGGACACGUCUCCUCAGACACCACUGAUUACAAAACCAGCAACUUCCUCCAGGAAAUCAGUAGAGGAUUUUGUCAAGAGUGCAGUUCAUAAACUGUAAAAAAAAAAAAAAAAAAAGACUUUCAUUUUGCCGGAUUGUUCCCUGUGUUUGAUAAUAUUACAGACGUGCCGUGGAUGUGGAACGUGCAAUAGUUCACAAGGAGUUGAAGUUUACGAGGUUUAUCCACAUUCAGGUACACUUUGUUUCAAUUUCGACUACAGCUAAAGACGCUGAAGAUAUUUUUUAGGCUCUUGUUCUUUUUUAAUCAUGCAGGCAUUCCUGUUUCGAGAAAACAUUUCCAAGUCCCAUUUAUUUUUUAUCAAAUCCAAAGGGCUGGUAUCACACAUUCCAGUCAGAUGCAAGCUGAUUUGGUUUUUGCUUUACUUUUUAUUCUUGUGUGACCAAUGUUUUAAUUUAAAUGAAAAUCAAUAUUUUAUGAAUUUAGUUGAAUAUUUUAGUGUAGAAUUUACAGUUGUUUUGUUUGAAAUGCAGUUCAGAGGAGUUUUUUGCCUAAUUUGUCCAGUAGGAUUCCUGUGUUACUGCUUCACUGUGUCUCAUUAUGUGAGACCAUUUUGUCAGAUGAAUCGUUGUGUCUUAAUUCAGGGAUGUUCUUUUAUUUUAUUUUAUUUUUUAUUUUUUUUACAGCUCACCUUCUAAAUAAAAACAGAUUGGUUACAGUUCA